AUGGCAGCUGACGUCAGCAUGUCUUCCCCACACCACAAUCUGGACGACAGAACCAGCCCGGACGGGGAGCUCAGCAAGGACUCGAACCACGUUGAACUGGAGAACGUCCUCACACACCGAGGUACGCCGGAGAAUGGCACUGUUGAAAAACAUCCCAGCCUUGCCACUACCAAGAUGGACAACAACGAGUACGCAGAAGACAUCCAGAAGCAACAACAACAAGAGGAUGAAAAACCUCCAUCUGUGAACGUUGUGGAAAUCCCCACUGCGCCGCCAAAGCGGCUCAUCUACCGUCUGACGGACACGCCCCCCUUCCACUUCCUCCUUUUCUUCGCUCUCCAGCAAGCCUUCCUGGCGAUCUCCACGCCUCUAGGAACAACCAUGGUGGUGGCGGAGGCAAUCUGCGCGCAGGACGAAGACGACAUCAAGGUUCGGAUCCUCUGUUCAACCAUGAUGAUGAUGGGAUUUUCCACGUUCCUCAUGACCACCUUCGGCGUGCGCCUCCCUAUAUUCCAGGGGCCAAACGCCUCCUAUAUCAUCCCACUCGUGGCUCUACUGACUUUGGAAGAGUUUAAAUGUCCGGAGACUGUAGAGAUGGCGGACCCAGUGACGAACGAGACAGUCUUGAUGGCUAAAGUAGGAAACGGCUCGUUCGUGCUCAACUCUGAGAUAGCCAUUUCCAGGAUCAACACGUUCGCCGGCAGUCUUAUGAUCGCCGGUGGCGUGCACUUCCUUGUGGGAUUCACAGGUAUGUCUUGGCUGCCAAAAGCGUCACUUCUGUAUUAA